AUGGACGAGCAAAGCAGGGGCGCCAAGCCAUCGCCUUCUCUCAAGGCCAGGUCUCGCACACCGAAAUCGAAGGGUGCCUCGGUGAGCCUAAGCGAUGACAGCAGUGCGGGAACCGAGUCCAAGGAGCCUCGCAGCACUAGCUCCCGUAAGAAGGCGUCGCAGCAGAGGCUGGCCAAAGCCAGUCUAGCGGAAGGCUCCGAUUCUGGAUCAAAUAUUGCAGCCGACAACCUCGGGUCUGGCCCGAUCCAUCCACGCGCUUCGGGUAUCAAAGAUUCAUCAGUACUGCAGGGACGACGUGGCGUUCGAAGGCGGAGUAAGACCACGUGCAAGUGGGUCGCAGCCGAAGCUGCGGCCAUCAUGGCGAUCACGUGCGCGCUCCUCCUCUACCUAAUGCCGCGCUCGGCGAUCACCAGUGCAUUGAGAGGCAGCAGGCCAUGUGUCACGCCGAGUUGCCGCGACCAAGCCGACACCAUCGCCGCCUGGGUGAACGAUAGCGUCGAUCCGUGCGACGAUUUCGAGGCGUACGCCUGUACGCGUUGGACGCCAAAAAUCGAAGGUGCAUGGGCCGGCUCGGCCAUGAUGUGUCAUGCCGAUCAUUACUGGAUUCGGGAGUUUCGACAGCGACUCGAUGAAGGCGCGAACAGCUUGCCCAUCGCGAAACGAUUAGCGAUACUCUUCGACUCUUGCAUGAAGAAGCGGACCACGGAAGAGGCCAGAAGAGAAGUUUCCGAGAUUCGAGAAUUCAUGCGGGACCUCAAGAUUCCCUGGCCAGAGCCACCUUUGCCAGGAGUCGAACCGUUGGGCGUCAUGCUCGAUCUGGUGUUCAACUGGGACAUCGAUAUCUGGUUCCGAGUCGAUUUGUCGCGACACACCACCGACAUUGCGGAUAGAAGAAACCUGCUCCUGCAGCCGGCAAUGGUCCUUAGUGCGCGAUGGCAUAACGUGGCAGGCAUCUUGCACACGGACAAGUUCGUAGAGUAUUGGUCCGGUUUUCACCGAGCAUUUGCGUCCGAUGAAACGAUGCGACCCCUCGGUGCCAUUCUGAACAUCAGCAGAAUGCAAAAAACGAUCUACAGGGACUUCAUCCACGUUGAAAACGGCGAGUUAAAGCAUCCUACGCACACUUUACUCGGAGACAUCCGCAGUUACACAACUCAUAUUUCUGUCCGUCAAUGGACUGACGCCCUAAACGAUAACUUGGUCGGCCACGGAAAGUUCGUAUCGUCGGACGGCGUGACGGCCAUGGAUGCAGAACUUCUCGCUGUCGUGGACAGGAUGUUUGCCAACUUCAGCCGCGAGCAACUUCUCGACCACGUCUCGUGGGAACUCGUACAGCUAAUCGCUCCGCUCGCCGGCACCGAGUUGCUCUUGGCUAAGUACGGCAGCGAGAGACGGGCCCAGAUGGAGGGGAGCAACUUCUGCUCCACCCAAAUCGAAAGAGCGUAUCGCUGGCUUGUCACGGCCGUAGCACUGCUGCCGCAGUUUGACGCCUCGGCGAGGGCGUUUCUGGACGAGCAGCUGACGAACAUCACUGAAGCUGCCAUCGCGAAAGUGAACGGAGUCUUGUGGGCCGACAAUGGGUCGGUGGAAAUGGUUGCCAACAAGCUGAGGAAUCAGCGAGCUAUCAUCUGGCCGCCGAACGAGCCUCUGGACGACGAUGUUCUCUCCAAGACUUUCGACUCCUGGUUCUACAAGAACGCAACAUUUACGCAGCAUUGGAUCAGAUCGGUCACGAAGUGGCGUCAGAUGCGCAGAAGUCCCACCUACAAGCGCAGCAACGACUCUCCACGGUCGUACGCCUUUCCGCACUUCGAGUACGACCCCUUGUCGAACGUGGUUCGGGUGUCAGCGUCGGCUCUCUUCUCCCCUUGGUACCAGGCUGCGGGCAGUAGAGCCGCUUUAUACGGCGGCAUUGGCUUCACGUUCGCGCGAGAAAUGGUCAAGGCUUUUGACGCGCCUGCGUUCGACCGCGACGGUAAGUUUCUCGACACGUGGCCUACGGAGAUUUGGAAGGAAGCCUCGGCCGAUAAGGCGUCGUGUCUGCGACCCGAGUUCGAUGCGGUCUUUCCCGAGAUUCCCGCUCUGGAAGUUGCGCACGCAGCUUUCCUGGCGUCAUCCACCGACGGCGCGGCGAUUUCCAGGCAGUGGAGCGCCGAACGAGUGUUCUUCGUCACGGCCUGCUUCACGAUGUGCAACUUACCGAACACGUUGAGACGCUUUCGCGCGGACUGCAACAAGGCAUUGAGGAACUUUGCUCCUUUCGCGGCGGCCUUCAAAUGUCCGCCAAAUUCGAGGAUGAACCCUAAAACGAAAUGCUCCUACUUCGACUAA